AUCAAGUUGUGGCGCGCCACCUUCUUCCUGCUCCCGACACGACCACGCGCGACCGGAGCUACACUCCAAGCUCCCCACACUCGAACCCCACAAAAACAAUUGGGUUAAUUAGAUACGUACCAUACUAGUACGUAUCUAAACUCCGAGCUAAACUCCAAGCUCCACUUGCCGUCCCGCAUCUCGCCCAAACCACGCCGACGCGUCAACCAUGGCCGCCGCCGCCUGCCACUACCCUGCGCGCCUUGUGGUCUCCUGCUCGAGCUCCUCCUUCUCCAAGCCCGCGCCACCGCGCCCGCUGCGCGUGGCCGUGGUAGGCGGCGGGCCGGCCGGGGCGUCGGCGGCCGAGGCGCUGGCGUCCGCGGGCGCGCAGGCGUUCCUCCUGGAGCGCAACCCGUCGGGCGCCAAGCCCUGCGGCGGCGCCAUCCCGCUCUGCAUGCUCGACGAGUUCGCCAUCCCGAGGGACCUCGUCGACCGCCGCGUCACCCGCAUGCGCGUCCUCUCGCCGUCCAACCUCGCCGCCGACUUCUCCCGCGCGCUGCCGCCGGGGGCGCACAUCCCCAUGCUCCGCCGCGAGGUGCUCGACUCCUUCCUCCGCCGCCGCGCCGCCGACGCCGGCGCCACCCUCGUCCCGGGCCUCGUCACCUCGCUCUCCCUCCCCGACGGCCCCACCGACCCGUACCUCGUCCACUACAUCUCCUCCGACUCCGGCGGCCCGUCCCCCUCCCGGGGCGUCCUCGAGGUGGACGCCGUCGUCGGCGCGGACGGCGCGAACAGCCGUGUCGCCCGCGAGGUCGGCGCCGGCGACUACUCGACGGCCAUCGCGUUCCAGGAGCGCAUCCGCCUCCCCGACGAGACCAUGGCGUACUACGACGACCUCGCCGAGAUGUACGUCGGCGGCGACGUGUCCCCGGACUUCUACGGCUGGGUCUUCCCCAAGUGCGACCACGUCGCCGUCGGGACGGGCACCGUCGUCGCCAAGCCGGAGAUCAAGAAGCUCCAGUCGGGCAUCCGCGCGCGCGCGGGCGCCAAGAUCGCGGGGGGCCGCGUGAUCAAGGUGGAGGCGCACCCGAUCCCGGAGCACCCGCGGCCGCGCCGCGUCGUGGGCCGCGUGGCGCUCGUCGGCGACGCGGCGGGCUACGUCACCCGGUGCUCCGGCGAGGGCAUCUACUUCGCGGCCAAGUCCGGCCGCCUCUGCGGCCAGGCGAUGGCCGGCGAGUGGAAGCUCGCCGGCGCGGUGACGGAGGCGGGGCUGCGGGCGGGGUACCUCCGGCGGUGGGACGACGAGUUCCGGCUGACGUUCCGGUUCCUGGACCUGCUGCAGCGCGUGUUCUACGGCGGCAACGCCGGGCGGGAGGCGCUGGUGGAGAUGUGCGCCGACGAGUACGUGCAGCGGCGGACGUUCGAGAGCUACCUGCACAAGAGGAUGGUGCCCGGCUCGCCGUGGGGGGACCUCCGGCUGCUGUGGCGCACGGCGGCCACCAUGGUGCGCUGCGGCGUGCUCGGCAAGGAGGUCGAGCGACUCCGGCGUCUGGAGCAGCAAGCCCAGCUGCAGCUCCCCCAUUGAACAGAGUAUUUCUUCUCGAGCUGUACCAACUCUGCACUAAUAAAAGAUGCUGCUACUAGUGAUAAGAAUGUAAUAUUUUUUUGGAGAUGUUUUAAGUAAUCUGUGACAUUUUCAUUCAGGUUAA